AAACUAAACACCGUUCCGUCACUAUGUGCAUGGCUCAGUGAACGCGCAAACGUGAAGUGUGGCAGUCGCGAGUUCAAUUCUAAUCGUAAACAUGUCGGCAACACUUCAAAGUAGUCUAAAAGAGAAAAUCAAGGAAUCAGUGGAGAUACCGAUUCUAACAAGAUGUUGUUUUUGUUUCCCGCUACGGAGAGGUCUCAUCGCUUUUGCAUAUACGAAUUUGAUCCUGACUUUAGUAGUGACUUCAUUCUUGUCACUGUACAUCUCCGUAAUCAGAAACUCCUCGCAGCAACAGCAACAGGAAAUGGCAUCGGAAUUGAUACGGUUGAUAGUGGACACCGUGGCUUUGUUAAUCGAGGUCACCAUGACCACGGUCUUCGUUGUCGCACUGCAUAAGAAACAUGUUCUCCUUAUGAAACUCUACCUAUACUUCGAAAUAAUUUACUCCACAAUCGGGUUCGCGUACAGCCUCGCUUUCAUCAACAAGGAGACAGCAAGCGAAUUAUUCUUAAUUUUAUUCCAACUGACACUGCAAAUCUACCUGGUCAUAUUGAUAUGGAGCUCAAUAGUGAAGAUGGAAAGAGACGGUUCGGUGAAAUAUACAAGAGAAAGCGGCACAGCAUGAUGACUUGGAUAGACAUUUUAUUUUUUUAUUCAUUUUAAGAUUAUUAUUUUUUUCAGUAUAAGGCUAAUGCGUCUAUUUUACUUUAAUUUAAAAAAAAAACACGAGAGAUAAAUCUCAAAUCCUUUGACUUAUUUGUUAGGUAUAUUUUCAAUAGGGAAUUUGGCGAUACAUUUGUAAUGUAUUGUUAAAAAUAAUUCCAUUAAAACACGUGUCUUUACACUCUUUUUCUAAAACUUUUCAAAGCAGGAGAUCGCCAAAACGUAUCGUAUAAUUUUGUAUGAAUAAACUAUAUAUAGAUGGUAGAAUUUAUCUAACUUUAAAAUCAAAGAGCGUGUGAGUUUUUUUCCUACCUAUGCUGAUAACCUUGAGAGGCUAUUUCAGCUUCUCCUUGACGUGUAGGUGAGCUCACGGGGCUCAAACCGGGAGUGUUGCUAACACUGGCCCUAACAAGAGCAGUACUUCGCAGAAUCUACCACCGGAUCGAAAACGCGACCCACUGAGAAGAUCCGGCGAGAAACUCAAUGGGCUAACCGUGUGAGAAAAUUAUAGUGUAUUUAUAUGUAGUAAAGCUGGCAAAGUAUAGAGGUGAGACGUUAAAAUAUACAUGAACCUUGACACGUCUUGUCACUGUCAUUGUCCUCGGUCCUGAUAACGACCAGGACUUCGACUGCGAUACCGCCAGCUCUCCGCCUUCACGGCGAAUAUUUGUCCUUAAGCUCUCGUCGAUUCCUGAACUAAUUAAUGGUGCCUUAAUGUAAAUUUAUCUUGAACCAACAAAUUAUUUUUUUACCGAACUCUAUGUACUAAAAUUGUUAGUUUUGUAAAAGUUUUUACGAAAGAUAAAAUAAGGUUUAGAGAAUUAAGUAAUUAAUUAAGAAUUAAAGUUUUGGAAUAUAAUUGAUAAUUGUAAUCUUAGUAUAAUGAUACUCUCUGCGGCUAUGUUAGAUGUUACAAACUAUUAUUUCAUCACCUUCCAUCCAUAUUCCGUACCCUGAGCUUAGUCUCUCCACCGAUUCCCAUCCUGAAUCCUUGACCAUAUUCCUAAAGGUUAGAGGCUAGACAAGAUGACGGUAAAAUAAAAUUUAGAGAUACUUAUUUAUAACCUUUAGGAAUAUCAUUGAAAAUUGUACCCUUAGUGUAAUGAUACUCUCUGCGGCUAUGUUAGAAGUUACAAACUACUAUUUCACCACCCUCCAACCAUAAUGUUACUCUGAGCUUAGCCUCUCCACUUAUUCCCAUCAGGAAUCCUUGACCAUAUUCCUAAAGGUCAGAGGCUAGACAAGUUUACCUUAAAAUUAAAACAUAGAUCAAAAAACAAUAUGUAGAUAACACUACAUAAUUCUUUCACUGGUUAAUAAUCACGUACACUCAGUUCUUCCACAAAGACAACGAAGCAUUAGAAUUUUUUAAUAAAUGCGAAAUUAAAAUAUAAGUUUUAUGAUAAUAAAAUGCAUGGCGAUGUCGCCGUAAGCCGUUUAUUUUUUAUUUUUUAUUCCACCGUCGUAUCUAUAUUUACUAAAGAAGAAUUGUUCGGUUUUGCUAUAAUAUUUAAGUUAUAAGGUUUUCAUGACACGAAAAACCAAUUAAUCGAUAAUAAAAAUGACACGACAAAUUAAGAAUAUUAAUCGUGUCGUGUCGUCGUGUCGUGUCGUCGUGUCGUGUCGUCGUGUCGUGUCGUCGUGUCGUGUCGUCGUGUCGUGUUUUAAAUUUCUUCAUGUUUAAUCUUCUGAAUGUUUACGUUAGCAUAUAGUGUCUUAUGCUCAAUGUAUUUUAUAUUAUAAGUCUAUAAAAAUAAGUACAUUCCGUGAUGAGUAGUGUAUUUUUAAUGAAAACUUAAGCGAUAUACCAAAUAAAACUCAUUAAAAUUGUGUACGUC